UAACCUCAAAUGACCUUUCUCUCACAGCUCCUCGUUGCCCUCUCGGCACUGUCUACACUGGUUGCUUAUGAGGCCCCUGAGGAUAAGGAGGACAUCUUUGCCAGCCAAGCUUGUCCAGCAUUUCUUGUCUUUGAAAAUGCAGCCUACCUGUCUGACAUGACCAUUGAGUUGCCCUGCCACUGCAAGCCUGAGGAGGCUCACAACGUAGUGUGGUUCUACCAGAAACAACUGGGCUCCACCGACAUCCGGGCACUGACCGAUUUUCAGGGCACAUCUGUGGUCGACUCGUCACGUGUGGGGCGGGGUUCUGAGCUCCGGAGCCGGUUUUCCAUCCGACUUUUCAGCCUGCUCAUCUUCCGGGCGCAGGAGCCGGACUCGGGCCACUACCUCUGUGGAACAGCUUCUGGAGACUUCUUCUACGGAUAUGAUGUGGACGUCCAGGAGGUAAAGAAGGUCUCCUUUCCGUGGAGCAAGAAGCGCAGGGUGGCAACGGUCAAAUCUGGGGACAGUAUACUCUUCCAAGCCUUCACCAGUUUCUGGUCGUGGUCAGUGUGCGACCGCUGUGACGUUCCAGGGGAGCAGACGCGUGUAGGCCUCUGUUACGUCCAGAGCGACUACCUGGAGGUACGCUACCGCCACGAGACGGACAAGGUCACGUCCUGUGGGUCCUCAGCAGUGCCCCAGGCUCUGAGCCUGGACAGAGACAAAUAUGCAGCUGAGCUGGGGGUGAAGAGCUGCCACGCCCCCUGCCCGCCAAAACCACCCUCCUCUCUGGAGCACCAAACCCUGCUGGAAUUCCUCGGCUACAGUGAGCGACCAUCAUUGUCAGACACUGUUCCCAUUUACUAUCACAACCACCCAGCAGACUCCCAGCUCAUCCUGUCCUGCCCAGGGGCCAGGCCUGAGCACGCAGUAGCCUGGGACAGAGACUCCACACCUCUCUACCGCUCUCAGUGUAUGGAAGGCCUGAACCAGACCUCACGCAUCUUCAUCGACACAGGCCACCACCUACACUUUCAGCCUGUGCAGCUGGAGGAUAAGGGCUCCUACUACUGCUGGCUUCAGGGAAAGCGUGCCGCUGAGAUCAGGCUGGGGGUGUACCAGCGCCUGGCCCGUCAGCGCCUCCUGACAGACCCAGAGUCCCUGUACGCUCUCAAGAUCAUCUUCACGUGCUAUGCGGUGCUCACAGCGGUGUUUCUCUUCAUAGUUUUAGGGCAGUUUUUUUGGAGCACAGCAAAAGUCAAGAGGAUGGCUUUAGUCUAGCUUUGGUUGUUUUUUAUUUGACUAUACACAGAUAAAUAUUUUCUUUAUUUGUUGAUGAGGCUGAGAA